AGCUGCGCAGAGUCACAGCACAGAGCGACUCGAUAAUCGCUGUAGUGUUUACAUAUAGUUUCGUUUUUAUUUGCAUUAUUAACACCAAUCGCGACAAUGCCCGGAAUGAUGGACAAAGGGUCGGAGUAUUUGGGGAAAGGCCGCACCAAUGGCACGAAAAGCCCAUCGAGUGCCUCAAACGGACAUUUUACAGACGAGAGCGGCAGUGACGACGAGCACGAUGUUGGCAUGCGCGUGGGGUCGGAUUAUCAAGCUAACAUUCCUGAGUUUGAUCCGGGAUCUAUGAAGUACAGUGAUAAGGACAGUGGAGGAAUGUUGGUUUGGUCACCAUAUCACGCAAUAGUUGACUCUAAGUUGGAUGAGUACAUUGCAAUUGCAAAAGAAAAGCAUGGGUACAAUGUUGAGCAGGCUUUAGGCAUGUUGUUCUGGCAUAAACACAACAUUGAGAAGUCUCUGGCCGAUCUUCCAAACUUCACACCCUUCCCUGAUGAGUGGACAGUAGAGGAUAAGGUGUUAUUUGAACAAGCCUUCAGUUUUCAUGGGAAGAGCUUCCAUAGGAUUCAGCAGAUGUUGCCAGACAAAUCCAUUUCCAGUCUUGUGAAGUACUACUAUUCUUGGAAAAAAACACGAUCCCGGACCAGCCUCAUGGAUCGACAAGCACGAAAGCUGGCAAGCCGGAGUAAUCAAGAUGAAAGUGAGGAAGAAAUGGAAGAUGCAAACCCUAUUGAAGCAAACGACAGUGAUUACGACCCAACGAAAGAGGCAAAAAAGGAGAGCCACACAGAGCCUCAGACAAUGAGCUGUAAGAUUGGAAUUGGGCGCAGAGAGCACCAGACCCUUCAGCACCGUCACCACUCCCAAAGGUCCAAGUGCCGCCCACCCAAAGGCAUGUACUUGACACAAGAGGAUGUGGUGGCCGUCUCCUGCAGCUCCAGCGCGGCUAACACUGUCCUCCGCCAGCUGGACAUGGAGCUGGUUUCACUUAAACGCCAGGUUCAAAAUGCCAAACAGUUAAACAGUGGCCUUAAACAACAGAUUGAAAAUGGAAUUGAUGAAUGUCGAUUGGCUGAGUGCACCCAAAAAAUUAACGCCCGCUGGACAACAGAUGAGCAGCUCUUAGCUGUACAAGGUGUACGAAAGUAUGGGAAAGACUUUCAAGCUAUUGCUGAUGUGAUUGGAAAUAAAACAGUGGGGCAGGUGAAAAAUUUCUUUGUGAACUAUCGACGACGAUUUAACCUGGAUGAAGUGCUUCAGGAGUGGGAGGCUGAACAGGGAACUCCAAACGGAGAAAGUGUCCUAUCUGCCGAAGAUGGCAAAAACAGCAACAGUUCCUCUGGAAAGAGCACAGAUGAGGAAGAGGAUGAGGGUCAGGUGACUCCAGCGUCUGGUCCGUCUCCUGUAGCCACCUCAUCAUCAGCUUUAACCGCAGCCAGCAGCUCCACCUCUCUAAACCAGCCUCCACCGCUGCUGCGUCCAUCACUUCCUGCUACCCCCGCAUUACACCGUCAGCCUCCACCUCUGCAGCAGCAGGCUCGCUUUCUUCAGCCCCGUCCAGCCCUAAACCAGCCACCGCCACUUAUUCGACCCUCCAACCCGCUCCCUCCACGUCUUAACCCCAGACCCGCAGCACCGGCGUCCAGCUCCGCCAGCACAGUGCCGGGUCAGCAGCCGCCCAGUCUGGUGGGCAUCCAGUCAGAAUCGCCCUCCUCUCUGCACUGAUCAGUUUUUAUAUAUAAUUGAUUUAAGGAGUAGUACUGAUGUGAAUACUGAAGAAAUUGAUAAUUAAGUUAAGUUUUACACUGUAUAUAUAUUAGGUAACUGUUAUUUAUUUGAAUGAUUUACAGAUUAGAUUUUGUUAUCAUGUAUUGUACGUCACCUCAUGGAAAACUUACGAAUAUUACUGUGAUAUUAUCUACAUUUUUGGCACUUUUGCUGGUCAUUUCACAUGCCCAAAUACAUUUCAAUGUCGUACCGUUUCAAAUGAAGAGGCUAGGUUGUCUUGUUGUUGUUGUUUAUUUUCUUCGUGCUUUAUUUUUUAAUUCUUGGUGCUAUCGACUGGUCGUUUGUCUGAAGCUUUUACACAAUUUUUAGUCAUCAAAGUGCCUCUAACAAAUCAGAAAAAUUAUUAUCAACAAAAAUUGCUAUCGAAAAUCACAAAGAAAUUUUACUUUGUGUCAUAUAGGUUAAAUAGAUAUGUAAUUGUCGUAAUAUAUUUGUGCCCAUGUUCAAACUUCAAUGCCAAACUAUUAUCCACAGCAGAUGUUUUUAGGAUCGAAGCUGUUUUUACCUUUAAAUUACAGAUAAUGAGCUAUUUGGGUUUUGCAGAAGAAUUUUUUUUAUAUGGGUUUGAAGGCUGUAAGAGUAUAUGAAGGAAUAAUGAUAGAAUUUGAAUUUAACUUUUUCUUUCAUGUUUUUGACUGAAACUGAAUUGUAUUUAUAUUUAAAUAAGAUGUUUCUCAGACAAAAGACAGUGAAUGACUUGAGUGUGACCUACUGUCUUUAAAUACAUUUUAAACGGAAUGACAUUCAUUUCAGAGGACAAUUGUGCUGUUUCAUAAACAUACACACAGGGGGCGCUACAACAACAAAAGAAUUAAAAGUGAGUUGAUUUCAUCAUCAGCUCGUCUAUGUGAAGUUGUAUUUGAUCUUAUUAUGAAUGAAUGCAAAUUACUUUCAUCAUAAUGAACGUUAGGACGAUUUAAAAAAUGUUUUUAUUUUAUAUGAUGAUUUCCUUGCUGUUUUAUUAUUAUGAGAGGUUUUAUAGCCCUGUAGUCUUGAUGGGAUUAUAUAUAUGAAGUUUGUACCGGAGCAUGUUUAUAUGUGUAAAGUGUCGUGUGUUUGUUAUAUUGAGGUAUUAAACACUUCCACUUUAAACAGA